AUGCCCGCCCGCGAUAUCAGUGCUACUGCACUACUUCCUAUUCGGAAUGUUGUUAGCUCAUCAUUCCUCUACCCCUUCAAAGGCAUCUGGUACUUCUGCGCGCACCGCGAAUAUUAUCCCCUUUUUGGGCGCCGCCUCAUACCUCUCACCAUAACCUCUAUCGUGGUUCUCGGUCUGCUGUUCACAUUUACUUAUCUGCCUCAAGUCGCGUUCCUCCUCAUAUUCCAUGGCCCAACCGCCUGGGUCAGCGCCGUGUUCUUGGUUCUGGGCGAAGGACAGGUAGUGAUUGCAUUAUUGUUCGAAGCACUUCUGGUGGAUGAGACAUUGGUCGACGUGUUCGAUGCCACCUUAAUCCGCGAAGGGCAAAAAGAUCUCGUAGCCUCAUCUCGAAUCCUUCAUGUUGAUGCGCCAAAUGCCGUUAAGAUGCUGGGUAGGCCAACCGAAUCAGCAGUCUAUUCGCCAUUCUCCUUUCGCCAGAUAGCCGAAUUUAUAGUUUUCCUGCCGCUAAAUUUGAUACCUGUCAUUGGAGUUCCAUUCUUCUUAGUCCUGACGGGAGCAAGGGCAGGACCAUUUCACCAUUGGAGGUGGUUUAAGUUGAGGGGCUUGACUAAGAAGGAGAGGAAUAGAGAGAUUUCGAGUAGGAAGUGGAAAUAUACAUGGUUUGGCACUAUGGCAUUGUUGUUACAACUUGUGCCUGUAUUUUCGAUGUUCUUUCUUCUCACUUCAGCUUGCGGAUCUGCGCUGUGGGUAGCGAAGCUCGAGGAGCAGAAGAGACUGAUUCGAGAGGCACCUGUGCCUGUGGUGGACGAGGAGGCACCACCGCCUGCCUAUACCGAUGAUCCUAUAUAG